AUGGAUCGCCAAAUUUCUUACAAUGGCUCUCUGCCUUGCUCUCCUUUGCCCUGCACUUUCCUAGCUUCACGCCCAUCAAUCCCGAUAAACCAUCCAUUACCCCCAAAACCUCCCAUUUCCAUGUACUUCCAUGUCUACACUCCUACCCGCAAGCCUGCAACCGUACUGCGCGACACGGCAGCGCAGCACGUUGACCAUGGCAAACCCAUUCCUGUGAACAACGAUCGAGAAAGGCCCUCUGCGCACAAUCACACAACUGUGUCUUCUGUUGGGUUGCUCAGCGGCCCUCACAAAGAUAGCGUUAUCUGCCCAUCCAGUGAAGAUACGAUCACCGGGCUCGAAAACGACCAUGACAAGGCAAGCAACGGCGACGACAGCGGCGACUUUGAACCACCCCAUCCGGAUGAAUUAUUCUCAUGGAUACGGAACACCAGCGAGGGUAGGAGCUGUGAAGCUUCAGUGGCCCGCCGAAGUGUGGAUAACAGGUCUGGUCUCGACGGAACAAGUUCAACUACAUCCCAACUACGUGGGAUCGGCCUGUCCUGUGAAGGCCACGCCGGUGAUGCGGAUGAUGGCCGAAAUGGUAAGAUUGUCCCUACGAAGCAUCUCUUUGAUGGAAGCAAGGGUGUCUUGUCCGCUACUUUGGGAUCGAAGGUCCCGAUCGCUUCACGCCAGCUGCUGGAAGAUUCUCUGAUUCCUUUCAUCGAAUGCCGAGGCCCUAGGCCUGUGGUUGAGACUACCUUGAGUAGCCCAUCUGUCUCUCAGUCAAACCGUCACAGUCGAAAGAGGCCCACGCGCACCUUGUUGGGGCAUGUCGAACUUGCUGCCGGCAGGGGCCCUCAAACAAGGGCAAGGACCAAAGCAGAAGCAUCUCGUUCGUUCCCAAGCCUCCAACGGGCCCGUCCUUAUUCAGAUUCCGAAGACGAGUUUCUUCGUGAGUUGAUGCACAGAAAGCUUUCAUGGGAAGGCAUUGUGAAUGAAUUCGGUCGGAGAUUUGCUGGAAGGGAUCGGAAAUCACUCCAAGGGCGUUGGUCGAGAAAUCUGAAGUUUGAAGCCCGGCCACCGACAUGCUCGAAACCCAGAGGCAGGUAA